AUGUCUUUAUCAGGCAAAGUAGCCCUAAUCACCGGCUCCUCCCAGGGAAUCGGCAAAGCGACAGCUCUCCGUCUUGCAAGCGAAGGUGCCAGCAUAGUCAUCAACUACCGUUCCGACUCAACGGCCGCGAAUAGCGUCGUCGAGCAAAUCGGUACAGAUCGCGCCCUAGCCGUCCAAGCAGAUGCCUCCAAGCUCUCGGAUCUAGACCGUCUCGUCGACGCAACAGUGGCCCGAUUCGGCAAGAUCGAUAUCCUCAUACCCAACGCGGGAAUUCUUGCAAUGAAGGAUCUGGAAAAUACCACCGAGGCCGACUUUGACAGUUCAUAUAACCUGAUGGUCAAGGGACCGUACUUCCUGGCACAGAAAGCCGCGAAACACAUCCCAUCCGGAGGGCGCAUUAUCUUCGUUUCCACCAGUCUCAAUGCCGUAUCGAGUAUCGCGCCUGCUUAUCUUCUGUAUGUUUCGACCAAGGGUGCCAUUGAGCAAAUCUCCCGUGUUCUUGCAAAGGACCUUGGGCGAAGGGGUAUUUUGGUUAAUGCUAUCGCUCCCGGGCCGACGAGUACUGAGCUUUUCCUUGAGGGGAAGUCGGAGCAGGUCCUCGAGGCUAUCGCUGGAUCUAAUCCGUUUGGUCGUAUUGGGGAGCCGCGGGAGAUCGCGGCUGUGAUGGCUUUCUUGUCUGGGGCGGAUAGUAGUUGGAUGUCCGGACAGGUUGUUAGGGUUAAUGGUGGGAUGGCAUAA